AUGUCAGAAAACACAAAUGGAGAUCAGGCGGGCAAGCCACCCUCGUUCGACCGCACCGGCACUGGCCUGUACAGUCCGAUGUCCGUCCCUUGCUUCCAGAGUGCGAUGCUCACGGGCACUGGCCUCGCCUCUGCCUGCGCCCUCGGAUACUACGCCUUCACACGCAAGUUUCAUGGACCGCUGGCCGUGGGCGUCUUCACUCUCGGGUCGGUCAUGAAGUGGUUCACGUGCCAGAGCCAGCUGGAGGCCAAACGGAAUGACAUGGAGCAGCUGUCGGUCAUGCAGACCUUCUACGAACAAAAGAUGAAGGAGGCCUACGUGCAGCAGAUGCGAAAGAAGGCCCAAGAGGAGAGAAACGCCAAGAACAACGCUGCCAGCUAA